AUGCCGGAGAAAGUUGUCCAGACACCUUAUCCCCUCAUCGACGCAGACCCUCAUGCGUCUCGCGUGCUCCGCUACUUUCGCGCCACAGACUAUGGCGUCUGGGCCGCCGCGACGGCUGCAUUCCCGGCUGCUCUCUACUUCUGGGACGUGGCAGACCCCUCGAAGGUCAAACUUCGGACACACUUGCGCCUUGGCGGUAUGCUCGGCUUCAUCGGCGGAUUUCUCCUGGCGUACCAACGAUCGAGCUUCCGUUUCUGGGGCUGGUCUGAGAACAAGCGUGAGGAAGAGUUGGACCGUGUAGAGCUGACGGAGCGUGCUGCGAAGGGUCUUCCUCUGUAUGGCGAGUCGAAUCAGCCGGAGUGGGUCCAGGGUGCUGCGUACAGGAACUCUGCAUUCUCGCAGCUGAAGUUCCAGGCUUUCCCGAUGUUCAACCUUGUCAACCACCAGCACCAUGGUACGGACCCGGAGAAAUACAAGCCCAAGAACGAGUCGUAA